AUGAUAACGGAUGAGAGACAGGUGGAUAGGUUGCAAGUGCAACACCAUCUCUUCCGGACGCUAUGGGGGGGAAAUUUCUGCUCCCCUAUAGCAGAAGAAUUAAGAGCCGGUGGAUCCUAUGUUUUGGACGUGGGAUGCGGUCCGGGAACAUGGAUUUGUGAUAUGGCCACGGACUUCCCUAAUUCAAACUUCACAGGUGUCGAUAUAGUCACCACAUUCCCAACAGAAAGGCCCCGAAAUGUUACCUUUAAAAAUGGUGGCGUAAUAACAGGGUUACCGUUUCCUGAUAACACAUUUGACUUCGUUCAUAUGAGCUCAAAAGUGCUCUAUUUCACGGAAGCAGAGUGGAGGACGAAAAUCGUCGUUGAACUCGUAAGAGUUCUCAAGCCCGGAGGUUACUUGGAACUUGAGGAUGGAGAUGGAGAAUGCUAUAAUAUGAAUAUGAACCCUUUCAUAGUCCAGCAAAUCGAGGAGAUAAUGGUAUCCUCUGGGUUAAUAAAUAUUCGGCAUAGGGAAGUUGUCAUCCCAAUUGGAAACUGGGGUGGAAAUUUAGGAGUGUUGAUGGUAGAUCUAGUUGGAAGUCUUUUUUACGGCCUCCGUGAUAAGAUAACUAAUCAGAUGAAAAUUCGUCCUAAGGAUUUUGACCGAAUCCUAGAAACAUGCAAAAAUGAAUUGGACGUUUAUAAAACUUAUGCCAAAAGUUAUCGGUUUUAUGCAAUGAAAGCAUAA